UUCAUCAAGGUUCAAAAAAGGGGUGUUGCUUUUCCGACGUGCAUUUCAGUUAAUAAUACUGUUUGCCAUUACUCUCCUUUGUCCUUUGAUGAGAAAGUGUUGGAAGAUGGUGAUAUGUUGAAAAUCGAUAUGGGGUGUCACAUAGAUGGUUUUAUAGCAGUGGUCGCGCACACACAUGUGCUUCAGGAAGGACCAGUAACUGGAAAAGCUGCUGAUGUUAUUGCUGCAGCAAAUACUGCUGCUGAAGUUGCUUUGAGGCUUGUGCGACCUGGAAAGAAGAACUCUGAUGUAACAGAAGCCAUUCAGAAGGUUGCUGCAGCUUAUGAUUGCAAGAUUGUUGAGGGUGUUUUGAGUCAUCAAAUGAAACAAUUUGUUAUUGAUGCAAACAAAGUUGUGCUGAGUGUAUCCAACCCUGAAACUAGAGUUGAUGAUGCAGAAUUUGAAGAAAAUGAGGUUUAUUCUAUUGAUAUUGUGACAAGCACGGGUGAAGGAAAGCCAAAGCUGAUAGAUGAAAAGCAAACAACUAUAUAUAAGAGGGCUGUUGAUAAAACCUAUAGCUUGAAGAUGAAAGCGUCAAGAUUCAUCCUUAGUGAAAUCAACCAGAAGUUCCCAAUCAUGCCCUUCAAUGCCAGGGAUUUGGAAGAAAAGAGGGCCCGUUUAGGAUUGCUAGAAUGUGUUAACCAUGAUCUUUUAUAGCCAUAUCAUGUUCUACAUGAAAAACCUGGUGAUUUGGUUGCACACAUAAAGUUCACGGUUUUGUUAAUGCCCAAUGGAUCUGAUAGGAUCACGUCACAUCCUCUCUAGGAGCUGAUCACAACAAAGGAAAUUGACAAUAUAAUGAACCUGAGAUA